AUGGCCACUGGUGACGAUCGCCAGCGCAAGCCCCAGCAGCGAAAGCUUUCAUUUUUGCCAUGUACUAGACCAGCAAGAGCUGUAGGUCAAGUAAGCCUACCUGAUGGCAUACCACACAAAGAUAUCGUCAUCGAUUAUUUGGAGGAGGAUGGGUCAGACUCCGAGACCAUUACAGAUGAGAGGGAAAUGGUCCCCCAGCCCCGCCCGCCCAGGCCUCCACCAGAUGCCAAUGACAAUGAACCAGCCCUUAAAAAACCGAAGACUAAAGUCAACUACGAUAGUAAAUUCAGAAAGGAGUGGCUGAAGGAAUUCCCGUGGCUCCAGUGGGAACCAGACAAGGGGACGGACGGUCUAAUGUUUUGCAAGGACUGUCGUGCUAAUCCAGCGCUUGCCAGGUCUAACCUUGGGUCCACUGCCGGAUGCGACACCCAUAAGCAUGAUACCUUGGCCAAGCAUAAGAUAAGUCGUGCUCAUAUUUUGUGCAGAGAUGCAUGUCUGAAAAAGACAUCCAAAGCUGCGUUGCCACAAGUUUUCAAUCGUCAGGUCACCAACAAUCAGCUGGAAGUUGAAAAACAACUAGAGGUUAAGUUCAACAUUGCCUACAACAUUGCAAAAGAGGAAAUACCCUUCACUAAGUUUAAGCCAUGGCUGUUUUGUCAUAAGAAAUGUGGGCUCCCGAUUAACCCAACAUAUGAUAAUGAUAUCAAAUGCGCUGAAUUUGUGGGGGCUAUAGCAGACCACAUGAGAGAAAUUCUCAAUGACCAGUUGAAGAAGGUUAGGUACCUCUCGAUUAUCAUUGAUGGUGAAACAGAUGUCAGCAACAAGGAAUGUGAAAUUGUCUAUGCCCGCAUCCUGGAGUUGGGAUGGCCUGUAAAUCGACUGGUCGGGCAGCAGGAGGUUGAGGAUGCCCAUGCAACAGGUGUUCUAGAGGCAGCAGACAAGACUUUUCAAGACCUAGCCAGUUAUGAAGACAACGCCCAACCUAAUGUUGAUUGGAAGGAAAAGUUGGUGUGCAUGGGCUCAGAUGGAGCAUCGGUGAACCUUGGACACCGGAAUGGUGUGAUAGAAAAGCUGAGGUUAGAAUUGGCUGUCCUGGUCUUGCAGCGAGACGUCCCGAUGGUGAGGGAUAUCUACGACACACUCUUCCUGGUAUGGAAAACUUACCAUUAUAGCACAAAAUCUCAGAGAGAUUUGGAAAAGCUUGGCAAAGAGCUUGGGGUUAAAGUCUUGAAGGUGUCAAAUGUUAAGGGCACAAGGUGGCUGCCCCAUGUUCAACGUGCACUUGAUGUGUUCAUGAUGAAGGAGUCGGGCACAACUGGCCAGUUCAAUGCAACGUAUGUGCACAUGGAACAUCUGGCAGCCACUCAUCCAAAAGCGGACAUUUCUGGCAGGGCAAAGAAGCAAGCGAUAAUGGCGGUAAAACACAUGAUCCAGCAAUUAGAGGACCUAAGGACCACCCCAAAAAGGAGGGGGAACAUGGAAAGAUUCCUGAAUGAUGACGCCACUCAGCAGGGAGAAUUCCAGGGAAUCAAGUUGAAGGGUGACAUUGCUCUACUGAUCGAGGAAGGUUUUGGACAUCAAAGGCUGGCAGCUGGGGUUCGAAAUACCAUCGACAUAGCUCUGCGGGAGAUCAGGAAUCGCUUCUCUGCCCUGUUAGGGGAGCCUCUUGGCGACAACAUCACUGAUGAGUCAGCAGCUGCUGUCAGAUGUCUCAACAUGGUAUUCAACCAUGAUACAUGGCCAUCAGCUGUCAAUGACCUAGAAAGCUAUGGAUAUGAGGAGAUGGAAUUCCUGCUACGCUACUUUGUUGAUUUGCUGCAAAGGAACGGUUGCCAGGUAGACGAGGUCCAGGGUGAAUAUUCAAGGGUUAAAACAUUGGUUAAUGGCCAGUUCAUAGACAAAGGUGUCAGUGCCCUCUGGCACAUGAUGCUGAUAAAGGAACCCUACCAGGGAGAUUUCAAGAACAUGUUGCAUUUGGUGGAGAUAAUGCUGGUUAUUCCUAUAUCCAGUGCACAGUGUGAAAGGGGAUUCUCUGCACAGAGGAGGAUUAAAUCGGAUGACAGAGCUGGCCUACAUGUUUCAACCACAUCUGAUCUAAUCCGUAUAAGUUUUGAGGGGUGCAGCCUGGCUGACUUCAAUCCCAAGCCUGUCAUCAGAAAAUGGUUUAACAGCGGACAGGGGCCGCGUAGGCCAAAUCUGUACCGCAGCUGGCCAGCAAUAGUUUGCGUUGGUGAAGACACUAACAUUGCUGUAUCAGAUGAUUGA